AAAAAACCAUGGCCAGCUCGCCCAAAUGGGUAGCUAUCAAUUAGGCAACUCCGAUUGGUGGCAUAUAAUGUUUUUCUUGAGUGGACGAUGAAAGGUGAACAUCUAGGAAGAGGCCAGCGACGUGUUCUUCCAUCGUGUGUCGUCUCCUGCAUCCCUGACAAGUACUCUUCUGUCACUGGAAACUACAAUGGUUUUUAGGGUAGCUGAAGAUGCUCUGCGGUUGUUCGAAGUACAACUCCUACAUACCCAGAAACUUUACCUUCACAUUUCACAAAUAAGACAAUAUGUGUUUUUUUUUUUUUUUUUUGUGUGUUUUUUUUUCUUUCAAAAAUAUUUAAAAAAAAAAAAAAAAAAAAAGGAAAAUGUCAGCCUACUUAUUUUUUAAAUCUACUGACAUGUUGUAAAAUAACUUUUUCUUUUUCAGGCCUUUUGAUGCCUGCAAUGUUCUGGGGAAUUGUAGUUAGAGGCUUUAAAUAAAAGUCCGGAUCAGCAAACUUCACUGAUGAAUCCUGCCGUCUGUCCAGGACACGCUCCACCAAAUUCUGUCUGAAUGUCUGCGUUGUUGGCUCGUAACUCCUCCAGGCAACCCAUCUUUUUGUUUGCUUUGGAAACUCCAAGCUGUAUCUCAAAGUCCCUAACAGAGUAAAUUUGAUUGAGAUACGUACAGUACAUAUAAGAAAGAUGUUUUUGGUGGCUUUGUCCUUUGCUUAUUUUGCAAAGGCUCUGUCAGGGAGCUACAUGAAGAGCACAAUAACUCAGCUGGAAAGGCGCUUUGACAUUCCGAGUUACCUAAUAGGCAUCAUUGAUGGAAGCUUUGAGAUAGGUAACCUGUUAGUUAUAGCAUUUGUCAGUUACUUUGGUGCCAAACUCCAUCGACCAAAGAUUAUUGCAGUUGGUUGUAUACUGAUGUCUAUUGGUACCUUCAUCAUUGCCCUACCUCACUUCAUCAUUGGACGUUAUGAAUAUGAAUCUUCAGCACGUUGGGUUGUGAAUUCAAGUCUUACGCCGUCCCCGUGUUCAGCUAUCUCCACAGCUGAACCCAGCCAAAAUAGUAAAUUACCUGAAGUGCCAGUGACGGAUUGUGAAGGAGAUUCCAACCUGUCAAUGUGGAUAUAUGUGCUCUUGGGAAAUGUCCUACGAGGGAUUGGAGAGACUCCUGUUCAACCUCUUGGAAUUUCCUAUAUAGAUGACUUUGCCAGUGAGGAGAAUGCUGCUUUAUAUGUGGGCUGUGUGCAGACCAUCUCUGUGGUGGGGCCUGUCUUCGGCUACCUGUUAGGCUCCUUAUGUGCAAAGAUUUAUGUCGAUAUAGGAUUUGUAAAACUGGAAACCAUCACUAUCACCCCAGCAGAUUCCCGUUGGGUCGGAGCCUGGUGGUUAGGCUACCUCAUAGCUGGUGUCAUCACCCUCCUUUCUGCCAUUCCAUUUUGGUUUCUACCACGCUCGCUGCCAGUGUCAGGCUCAAAAUCCCCAGAAAAGCCUGAGCAGAAAAGAUUCAUUAAAGACUCUGCCUCUAUAAAGCACAAGUAUCCAGUAGAAGAACACACCAGUUUCAUAGAGAUGGCCAAAGAUUUUAUUCCAACUCUCAGGAUGCUGUUGGGACACCCUGUUUAUUUGAUCUACUUGUGUGUGACAAUCAUCCAGCUCAACUCUCUAAUCGGAAUGGUCACUUACAAACCCAAGUACAUUGAGCAGCACUUCAGGCAAUCUGCCUCAAAGGCAAACUUUCUAAUGGGUGUGAUUAAUAUCCCAGCGGUUGCCCUUGGGAUUUUUUCUGGUGGCCUUCUGAUGAAGAAAAUGAAGCUGAACAUAAUGGGAGCUGCAAAGUUUGCUUUUGCCACAUCUUUCAUUGGUUACAUUCUUUCACUGUUCUUCUUUGUGAUGAGUUGUGAGAACGCUAAAAUUGCCGGAGUGACACUUCCCUAUAACAGCAUGGAGGGAAUAUCCUAUGACAAACACUCUGUGUUCACUACCUGCAACUCCAACUGUUACUGUUCUGCAAAUAACUGGGACCCGAUCUGUGGAGGGAAUGGAAUCACAUAUGUUUCGCCCUGUCUUGCGGGCUGCACCAGCUCAACCGGCUCAGGGAAAAAUACAGUCUUCUCCAACUGUAGUUGUGUCGGUGUGGCCAGUAACUUGACGGCCAGUACAGGUCAGUGCCCCGAUAAAGACGACUGUGACAGGAUGUUCCCGUACUUCUUGGCUCUCUCCGUCAUCACUUCCUUCAUCAUCUCCCUGGGAGGAACGCCCGGAUACAUGCUUCUCAUCAGGUGCAUCAAACCACAAUUGAAAUCCUUUGCCUUGGGAUUCCAUGCCUUAGCAACACAUACACUUGCAGGAAUCCCAGCACCCAUUUACUUUGGAGCCAUCAUUGACACCUCAUGUCUAAAAUGGGCUCAGAAGCGCUGCGGUGGAAUAGGAGCUUGUAGGAUCUACAACACUACAGCAUACAGGAUAGCCUACUUAGGCCUGACUCUGGGCUUGAGGACAAUCUCCUUUCUAAUUUGCAUCCCGGGCUUCAUCUUGCUCAAGAGGCAGCUGAAGAAAGAGGAACAUGACGCCCUUCGUAGUUCUCUGGCCAAUGGUGGAACAGAGCUGGAAGCGCUCAGAAAGGAAGAAUUUGUGAUCUCAAACUCUGAGACAUUACAAAAAUCAUCAGAAAACGGCACAGACCGUGAGACACGACUGUGACUCCCCGAGAAGAAAAAAAAAAAAACUAACCAAGGACCACUUUUCUCCUCCCUUCAUCUCACACACAGAUGAACACGCACACACACACUGAUACUCAUGAAAUUUGCAGGGAAUCAUUCAAUCUGAAUAUUUAAAGUAUUCAUUCUAUAUUUACUACUUUCGUGUGCUUUGGGGAUUUUAGAUAUUUGAUAUAUUGUAGCUGAAAUAUUUCUCUUUAAUGUAUUUUUCUUUUUAAAAAAUGGGUUUAAUACUGCUUUUAUGUAUAUAGUAUUCGUGCCACACACACAAAAAAAGUGUUAGAGUGUAAAGUUGAAUGGUAAGAGGAAAACGUCAGUAUUAAGGUUAAAAUUAUAUAUAUAUAUAAGAAAAACGUUGGAAUAUUACAAGACUGAAGUCAUUAGUCUAAUUUUACACAAGUGAAUGUCAUAUUUAUCCAAAUAGAUUGUGCCUAAAAGCAAAAUACUGCGACCAACAGUUGCACUUUCUUACUCAUGAUGCUCACCAUUAAUCUUUGUUGAAUGAUUUUAGUUACAAAAACAAAGGUCAUUUUAGUUCUUAUGAAAACUAAACUACUAAAAUGACACUAUCCGAUCUUACAGCCUUUUUUGUCACAUUCUUUAUCUCUAUUCUCCUAACAUAACUUCUUAUCAAUUUAAACACUCUUCUCAGUGUUUUUUACUUUGUUAUUAGUGUUAUGUUAGUGUAAAAGUACAUAGUUUACUACUAGUUAUAACUCACCCUUUGACUAUUUUGUUUACAGUAAACCUGUAUUAAUUAGCAUUUAUUUUUACAGGGUGAUUUUAAUGUCUUACGAGCUUUCCUGAGCAAGUUUUUUUUUUCCCCCACAUAUAAAAUAUCUUUUGUGGGAAAUACCGCCAGAUUGUAGAGGGUAUUGAGUGGGUAUAGGGAAAAAUAGGAUGUGUAGGAAAAAAAAAAUCACUUUGGCCCCUUCAGCUUCAGUGCCUCAAAUUGAGGAGGAAAAAUUUUAAGGCCACCCAGGCUUUAUUAUUAUUUUUUUUUCUCCAGUUAGGCAUCCCUGGAUGAGGAGUACAACUCUAUGAAGGAAGCCAGUGUCAGCCCUUGUGAGGAAAGGACAGUCUACAGCUGACAAAUAUAGUGGUAUGUAAAAGUAUCUGAACCUUUUGGAAUUUCUCACAUUUCUGCAUAAUAUCACCAUCAAAUGGGAUCCAAUCUUUGUCAAAAUCACACCGAUGAAA